AUGGCAGAGGGAAAACCACCGAAAGUUAUUUGCGUUUACAACAAAAAGCGAAUCGGUUAUAUCGGAGAUAGAGUACUUGUAGCAAUUAAAGGACAGAAGAAAAAGGGUAUUCUUGUGGGCUUGAAGCAGAUUCAAAAUGUCAAAGUGCCCAAAUUUGAUAGCAACAAUGUGGUACUUAUAGACGACAACGGAACACCAUUAGGCACUCGCAUCCAUGUUCCCAUACCUACUAUCCUGCGUACCAUUCUCAAGGAAAGGACUCAUGCUAAAGGAGCUGAUUAUACAAAGUUGCUGUCAAUAGCAACUAAAUUUGUUUAG